AGCGAAAGAAGCUCGGGUAGUCUGGUUGCUGGUUAGGAUAGAUUAAAGUCAGAGCUACUUCGACUGAACCGAACAUGCCGUCGAUCGCGUCUAACAAUACAUCUGUAAAAGUGGAGAAAGUUUCGGUCUUGGACCUUCCGGAAUCUUUCAAAUCUGCUAAUACUGUUAUAGAGAAGAAAUGCAGAAAUUUGGAAAAACGGAAGAUAAGGCUUGAUGGAUAUCGUGAAGAGUUGGCAAGAGGAAAGGGUCUGUCAGAAGAACAGCAGCGUGCCACUGAUCGCUAUGAUGAGGUUGUUGCCAAUUUGGAGUUGACCAAAGAGUUCUUGACAGCUUUUGAGAAAAUUGGGAGUGAAACGAGCAAAGAAGAGAAGAAAAGGAAGAAGAAAGAAAUCUUUGAGAGGCAACAGUAUGAGUUAUCUCGCUUUAAAGAGCUUUUCACAAUCCAAGAAAUCUUCAAUUGCUUAUGUUCCCCCUCUGCUCGUGAAGAUUUCUUGAAUGGGCUGCACGGUUCACCUCAACUUACAGAAUCUGAUCUCCAAAAACUAGAUACUUUCUACAGCCUGAUUUCCAUUGACCGUCAAAAUCUUCCAAAGAAAUUCAAUGAUGCUGUUGCAAACUCAGCCACCCAUUUUCAACAUCUAAUGGAGGGACGUAACAAAGAAGUAGCAGGUAGCACAUAUCGCGAAAUUAAAGACCUAGUCUUUAGCAUUAUCAACAACGGAUACUUUGAUUGGAAGGCUCCUCCAGAAGUUGAGCCUGAGCCUGUUGAACCUGAAAUUGUUGAGCCUGUCAUGGAGAAAUCAGAAGCGUUCCAGACGACCCACAUGGAAACGGUUUACCAAAACAUGCCAGAUGAGCCAACCUAUGUUGAAACUGGAAUGGAGUACAUUGAGCCUCAAGUCUCUUUGCCUAUUCAGCCACAAGUCGUCCCACAAGCUGCAGCGUACUUCCCCGUCGAAAUCGACACGGAUUUCAAUUUCAUUCAAGAAUCAAUGAUUGAUGCUAAACCAGUUUUACCCACUAUCCCUGCAUCCGUCCCCAUGCCCAUUCAAACCGCUGCUCAUGUUCCUGUUUCUCUCGCAUCGAUGGACUCUGCAGUUGUGAUGGUCCAUUCUCAGAUGCCCCACCUGGCGUACCCUCACUAUGCAGCUUCGAUGUACGCUGCCCAUGCUGCACCACUUGUGCCUGGUCCACCAUCUAUGCAGCUACCAACCACACAGCAUCAGCAACAACCACCUCCACAACAGAUGCAUCAACAGCAACAACCUUCUAAUGAUCUCCCUAUCGAAUCCGUCAUCCAAGAAAACCCAGCUCCUCUUACCGCUCAGGUGGAAGCCCAAGAAAACCGGGCAACAGCAAGUUCACCAUGGGCUGAAGAGCCUCAAGAUGAUAUUCCGGCUUUCCAACAGGAUCAGAGUCGUAACGAAUCCAACACGUGGACUAAUUCAAAUUACCGUUCAAACGAUCAAGACUGGGCUAUUUUAGGUACAGAUGGUCGUCGCGGUGGCUACCGUGGUCGUGGUAACGGUGGGCCUAGAGGAGGAUCACGUGGUGGCGGAUCAGGCUACUAUAACAACUCCAGAGGUGGAUAUGGUGGUGGUGAUCGUCAAGGAAACGGCGAAAGGAACUAUCAGAAUAAUGAUCGUCAUCAAGGUAAUGGAGGUGAUCGCAACGGAAUGGAACGCGGCUCUUAUCAGGGUGGCGAACGUUCCUAUCAAAGCAACAAUGGUGGAGGUCGCUACCAAGGCAACAAUGGCGAACGAAACUACAACCAGGGCGGUUCCUACCGAUCAUCUGGUGACAGAGGAGGAAACUCGUCGUAUGCGCCAAGAGGCAACAGUGGUGGAUACCGUGGUGGCCCACCCCGAGGAGCUCCUAGAGGAUCAUCUCGAGGAAGUGGUGGUAAUUACGAAGGCAGAAACACAGCGUACGCUAAAGAAUAAAGAAGAGGACAGCGGCGGUCAAACCAGAAUCGUCCCAUCUUAUUUUGUUUUGAAAUAGAAGUUCAAAUGCCGGCUUUUUUUUUUACGGAAACGUCUCCUCCGCCAUCUUGACAGUGAAACGGGCAUUCGCCAUCAUUUUCAACUUUAUUUCUCCUUCUUACUCUUGUCAAAUCACCGUCAUCAUUUCUUUUGUCCUCGGCCACGAAUGAAAAGAAAUCAAUUUCGUAUGUCUAGAACAAAUAAUUCCGCACGCGUGAAAACCUUACUAUUUUUACGGCGUGAAAGCUUUCUACAUCUUUUGUUUACUUUCUUUUCCGUCGAUCUUCACGUGUCCCAAUUAUUUUCCCCGAUUCUGAAACUUGUGUCAUGUUGCACAUUAGCCAAGAAUUUAAUCUUUUUGCGUCCUUGCUGCUGCUGUAUUAGUCACCUAAGCGGUGAUGAAUAAAUAACACAACCGGAAAGUUGGCUGUAUGGAGAAUACACAUUCAAGAUGACGUGAAA